AUUAAAGAGAGGGGAUCGAUUGGUCAGGCCUUACUGCAAAAUGGCGGCCACCGCGACUACUAACCCGUCUCAGCUUUUACCGCUCGAGCUGGUGGAUAAAUGCAUAGGCUCUCGCAUUCACAUUGUGAUGAAAAGUGAUAAAGAAAUUGUUGGUACACUGCUAGGAUUUGAUGACUUUGUCAACAUGGUAUUAGAAGAUGUUACAGAAUUUGAAAUCACACCUGAAGGACGAAGAAUCACAAAGCUUGAUCAGAUUUUGCUGAAUGGAAAUAACAUAACAAUGCUGGUUCCUGGAGGAGAAGGACCGGAAGUGUAAAUAAUCUGAAUUGCUAUCACUGAAGACUUUCUGUUAAAUAUUUUGUAUGAAUACCUUUGUGAAAUGUAAUGAGCUUUUUAUUUGUACAUUUCAAGUUGAUAUUUGAAUACAAAAUGCAAUUUCCAUUUCAGGGAAAAUGCAUUGUUUAGAUGACUUUGUAAGUUUAAAUGAUUGUUGUAAAAGCAAAAUUGAGUUGCUGGUAAGAGCAAUGGGAAAAAUUAAGUGAUGAAUACAGUUUUUGUAACUCUGAAAUGUGCUUACUGCAAAUUUUGAUGUCAGAUAGAAUGAUGAAUCUUCUGUGGUUCUUUUUCAGCCUUCUUAGAGUGGGUAUAAAUUUUACAUGUUAAAAAAAACUAUCCGGACUAUUUAAUCUGUGCUUCCCAAAGAGUAUAGGAACACAUUUCCUCCUUCUCCUCUAUUGUGUUCAAGAUCUAGGCUAUUAUUAUAUGCUGAAAUACCUUGUGAUUUGUUUGAGAAAAGUAACACUGGGCUCAUUCUCAUAUAAUGGUAAAUUAAUUAACCCAAAGUUCCUGCUGUUAUGUACAAGGAGAUAGUUUUCUGUUUAUGAGAGUAUGUUUCUCACCAAGUCCCUACUAUAAUAUUAUACUUUAUGCUUGAUAUUGUUCACUUAAUUAAAACAGUAUUCCAAGUAGCCUUUAACACCUCCAUGAGCAGUUUAAGUAGUGUAUCCCUGAAUAACAAAGUUGAUAAGUUGAACUUGAGAAUAAUGGAAAUCAUUGGAAGGAAUUAUGUCCUUUCCAGAAAACCAUUGCAAAAACUUAAAAAUUUAAAACUAUUCAAAAUUGUUUUUGUAGUGUAAAGCUAUUUCAGGAGCCAAGAGAGUGCUAACUUAAGCUCAUUGAAAUAAAGUUUUCUUUUUCAUCUACCCAGCUGUGCCUUCAUGCUCUAUUCUGUUUUGUUCAGGAGAGUUUUUCAGCCCUCUGACAGUGUCUGUAGGAGAGGGGAUAGGAAACCAUUCUUCCAUCCAGUCCACUACCCAGAAAAUGGAGUGUCACAUCCCCCACCCCAAAAACCCCUCUUCUUGAGUACAAAUGAGUCUUGCCUCCUUUGCUUAUGUGUAAUUUUUAAAAUAUAACAUAUCUGAACCGAAUAGCAACACAAAAGUGCAAUACAAUAAACUCUGAGAUGAAAAAGUUGCAUUAUAACUAAACUGCAAUGAGUUCACCACAAAAGCGUGGUGAACUCUAUCUUAAACUGUUUCAACACUGAAUAAAGAGGUCCCAUUUAUCAUUAACCUUUAUUCUCUAACUUUGGUGUGAAAUGUGGAAAUCCUCCCAGAGGACUUAUUAAUUGUUGGUGGACUAACUUCCUUUCAUCUAUAAGAGGUUGCAGAACAUGCUGCUGUCAUAACAAAGAACUCACAAUCUGAUGUGAGGUUCUUUUGGGGUCUUCUAAUGCAGUUGUGCCUUUAAGACAGGGGUCUCAAACUCGCGGGCCAAUUGCUGGGACGGGCAGGGCACGGGGGAGGGUCCCUGCAGCCUUCAAAGUGCUGGCGGCGCCCGGGCCGGCCGCGGGAUGAGUGGCCCACCACCGCCGCGGUGGUGGAAUACUUGAUGCGGCCCAGCCUUACCCAGACUCUACUUUCAGUGGCCCCCAGGUAAGUUGAGUUUGAGAUCCCUGCUUUAAGAUAACCAAAUAAACUUGCCAGUAGAUCUUGGGAAAGCUCAUAACACACGACUUUUUAAAUAAUUCACAGAAGUAGUACAAGUAUUUUCCCCUGGUUAAUUCUUUAGCAUUGUUCAGUAUAUUUGAACAUAUUUUUACAGUAAGGGUAGGCACUUAAAAGCUGGCAUGAUCAGGGCUAGCAUCCCUGCAACCUCUAAUACCCCACUCUCCUCUUCUUCUUUUUUUUUAAGACAACCCUCCUGUUCACAUGUGCUCUCUGUCCCAUAAUGUGAAUCAUAUUCUACUAGCCUACCAGGCAUGGAGUGUUGAUGCAGUUUUAAAGAAUUGAAUGGCAUGUGGUGGUGGGAUGAAGAGAAGUGUACAUUGUUUGCUUCUCAUGGCUACCUAAAGGGGGCACCAGAAGGGGCACUAGGUCCUACUUCUAAAAUUGCUUAGCUGCACUGCUGGAUGCUUGCUCUUUCACACACUGGGGACUUUACUCACUUUCUAAAAUAUUGGCACUGUGUGUCCACUAGAGGGCGACCAUCCAAAUUAAAGCUAUAAGUGUAAGGCCAGAAUCCAGACUAAUGUUUAUAUUUUGAGUAUAAAAUGCAUGCGGCGAGAACUAGCAGUUAGUGCUUUUUGUGGUAAAAUUAAAGUAAUAUCAAAAAAAUUGAAAUACCACAAAAACAUGAAAGCAAUGUCAGCAAUUCCAAUUUUUACUUCAUGCUUUCUAAAUUUAAUUAUUGUACAUACAAGUUUGUUUACAUAAUAACCUUUCAUGACAAAAAAUAGUUAUGUGGUUUUUCAAUUCACACAAUUUUAACUGACUGACUGUGGCUUGUAAGCAGAUAUGUAAACCACCUAGUGUUUAGCAGAAAAAAGGAAGAAAAUGCUAAUAAUUUCUCUCAAUUCUAGUUUGAAUAUUCUGUUAAUUUAUUUGUGUUUCUGUAAUCUCCCAUGUAUAUUAACAUAAUCUCUUCUGUAAAGUAUUUGCUUUGAAUGUUCAACCUUUUAUUAAACACUUGCUCAACAUCA